AAACCAAGAGGCGGACUGCAACAAGUUUCCGGUGGUGUAGCCAUUGACACUCGUUAUAGCAGCAGUUGGCUGACUUGAGUGUGUGUGUGUGCUCCCUCAGGGGCGACGGGUAUGGCAGAAGAGGUAAUGCAAGAUGUAUUGUAUUUGAAAGAACGACUCCUGAAGGUCACCGACCCGGCUAAGAUUCUGAAGUUGUUGAAACGCUUGCAGGACUUAAACAUCACGGUGGAUGUUCUGGUGGAAACAGGAAUAGGAAAAACAGUGAAUGGAUUCAGGAAAAAUAAAGCUGUUGGUGGCACUGCUAAAAAGCUAGUGUACCAGUGGAGAAAAUUAAUACCUGAGCAAGCAUCCAGGGAUAACAGAGAACAGAAUGAAGGGAGAGGGGGAGAUAACAGGGACCAUGCUAAGAAGAAGCCUAGAAUGGAAAAUGCAAGCAAGUCAUCAGAGUCUAGUCAUGCAGAGACGCAGCAUGUCAAUAAAUGUGCAAGACUCUUAAAUGAUGACAAAAGCCCCAAAAAACAAGAAGGGGCUGUGUGUUAUCAGCAACCUCCCGUGGACAGUCCAGUUCAGUUAAAGACCAAUGAGUCCAAAUCUUCACGGAAGGAAAGAAAAGAUCGUCACUGUGCAUCAAAAAGUAAUUUGUCGCCAGACCAACGGUUUUUUAAAUGUGGAAAAUCAACAUCUUCCCAUAAAAAGAGAAGUACCUCUUCAAGGAAAGGUGAAAAGCCGGCUGGUAAUGGUGAGAUCACAAAAGAUCAGGAUAAGAGGGAAUCUUCAGCAGGAGUUUCUGCUGCAUCCUGCAGUAAUGAUAAGGAACGAUCUCAUUCAGGAAAGAGUACUCGUAAAAAUGGUGAAAAGAAGAAAAAUAAAUCUGUGGAUAAAACAAAGCAUUCCAACUUAGCUUGCAAAGCAGACGAAUAUUCUGAAAAGAAGAAAGGAAGUCUUGGAUCAGACAAACCGCAGGACAUCUCUCACGCACCUAAACAGAGCAUUAAAGGUGGUCAAAUGAAAGAUUUAUCAGAUUGUCGAAAUGAAGAGUUUGAAAAACCAGUUAUGACAUUUGAAUCAUAUCUAAACUAUGAGGAGCCAAAAAGAAAAGCACGAAGACACCACAAAAGUAAGAAUCUGCCCAUUUUGGAAAAGGACGGAUGCUCCAAGUUAACCUCUCCCACCAAGAAGGGGAUUGAUGGAUGUCGAUCAUCGCAGAGGAAGGAGAACAAAAGCAAGGGAGAUGCAAUUAAAAGAGAUCAAUCUGAUGAAGACAUUUGGACUGAAGAAGCAAAUAAAAAGGUAAAAGUUGAUAUAAAUACUUUGUUGGACAUCCCAUUGCCUAAAUUUCUACCAGAUGUCACUGAGGUGCCUUUUGAUUUUCUAUCUACAUCACCAAUCAAGAAAUCAGUGGCACCCAAUGUUUCUGAGAACACGGUGGAAUUUACUGGUCGGAGAUUGAACUGUAAAAUGCAAGUGUACUCGGGCUGUAAAACAACAAACAUUUUGAAGAUGAUGUCUCUGUAUGAACAGUGCAUCCGAGUCCUUCAGAACAACAUUGAUUCUAUUCAUGAAGUUGGUGGUGUGCCAUUUGAAAUUAUUGAGCCAGUGCUUGAUCGAUGUACCUCAGAGCAGCUGUGUCGAAUUGAGGAUUGCAACCCGAGCUUUAUUGAACAGACUGAUCACCUCUGGAUGAAACAUUGUAAAAAAGACUUCAAAAGUGAACAACCCCAAGAGUAUGAAUCGUGGCGUGAGCUGUACCUAAGGCUCUACGACGAACGAGAACAGAAGCUGAAAAUAUUGACUCAAAGUAUUAGCUCUGCUCAUGCUAAUAAACCCAAAGGUCGUCAAGUGAAAUUGGCAUAUGUCAAUACUUCUGCAAAACCACCCAGGGGUAUUGUCCGGCAGCAAGGAAAACAUGGUACUGCAGGAACUGCAUUUCACAGCUCUUCCAAGCAGAGGAUGAAGUCUUCUGGGAGCACAGAUUGGUCCAGUUCUACUGGAGGGAGUGGCUCUUCUGAUGGGACAAGGAGCGGCAGUAGCAAUGUUGUUGCAAGCAGUCAUUCAGGGCCAGAUGCAAAGAGGCAAGUUAAAAAAAUUGCACCGAUGAUGGCAAAAUCUUUAAGGGCCUUUAAGAACAGGCUGGGUCCACGGUAAAUAUCUGGCUGCUUGGCUCAUUUAUGUUGGCAUACAAAUGUUUUGUUUAGAACAAAAAUAUUUUGUUUAAAAUAAUUUAUUUACUAUUAAUUUUUGUAUUCUAUUUGGACCAAUAUGUGCACAAUGCACAUACUUUUGUUUUGGAAGUAACCAAUUACUUGCUGAGUAGUGGAUUAAAUGUAUGAAUUUAGACAAAACCAAAUGGGAGAUUUGGAGUGACUUAACAUUUCUCUAACUUGUUGCAAGUUGAUAUAAUGUAUACCUGAUUUACAUCUGAG